UCCUCUGGACUCCACCCUGCUCUUCAGUGUUCCGGGAAAUGUUCUUAACUGCUGCUGGACACACAGGACACAUCUGAGAGAACAGACGGGCAGGCCGUCGAAAAACUUCAUAUUAACCACAACUCUAACCGAAUCUCUUCGGUACUUUGAAGUUUUUAGGAAACAGAGGACUUUCCGACACCGGAAAGACUUCGAGUUUUCCCAUUCUACUGCUAAGAAAUAUCAGGUUACGACCAGACUGUUUCCUUCGUUGAAAUCUCAUAGUUGGUAAAAUGUCCAAGUCAGUCUACCCUCCAGGGUACGAUGACACCCAGGACUUGCUGUAUGCACCUCAGGGUCAAAAUUACCCACCACCCCCUGCGUAUGGCUUCCCUGGCUUUGGUGGUCCCCAGCCAGGCCAGCCCUCUGCUCCCUACCCCGCUGGACCUUCUAUGUAUCCAGGCCCGCCAGGGGGCUAUCCUCAGGGCCAGCCAGGGGGCUAUCCUCAGGGCCAGCCGGGGGGCUAUCCUCAGGGCCAGCCGGGGGGCUAUCCUCAGGGCCAGCCGGGGGGCUAUCCUCAGGGCCAGCCGGGGGGCUAUCCUCCCGGCCCGUACCCAGGACAGCCUCACCCUGGUGGGCCAGGAGCUGGCUACCCCAGUCGACCUCCCAUGCCCCCUGUCAUGCCACCUACCAUACCAUCAGAUAUCCUGAGCUCAGGUGAUGAGUUUGCGGCGAGCGACAGCGGUUUUGACAAUCUCAGCAUUCGUCAUGCCUUCAUCCGAAAGGUGUAUUUGAUUUUGGCGUCUCAGCUCCUUGUCACCACAGCCAUUGUGGCCGUAUUCACAUUCGUCCAACCCGUCAGAUACUUCGUACAGCGAAACCAAGCUAUCUACUGGGCAUCGUAUGCUGUGUAUAUUGUCACCCACCUUGUGCUGGUCUGCUGUAAGGGUCCCCGGAGAAAGUUCCCAUGGAACGUCAUUCUGCUGUUCCUCUUUACCUUGGCCUUGUCCUACAUGACUGGAUCCAUUUCCAGUUACUACGACACAAAAGCAGUGUUUCUUGCUCUGGGAAUCACUGCCGUCGUCUGCAUCGCUGUCACCGUCUUCUGCUUCCAGACAAAGGUGGACUUCACCAAGUGCCAGGGCCUCUUCUGUGUCCUGGGAAUUGUGAUGUUGGUGACUGGCAUCAUUUCAACUAUUGUGCUGUCAUUCAAAUAUAUUCUGUGGCUUCAUAUGCUUUAUGCAGCGAUGGGAGCCAUAGUUUUCACUAUGUUCCUAGCGUACCACACGCAGCUGCUGAUAGGGAACAGGAAGCACUCCAUCAGCCCAGAGGAGUACGUGUUUGCUGCGCUCUCCAUCUACGUUGACAUCAUUCAGAUUUUCCUUUUCCUGCUGCAAAUUAUCGGUGCUUCGACCAAAUAAGUGCACCCGAGGGUACACAAGCAACUUGGGUCAACCGAGUGCAGGUUAACACCUCCAAAACCAUUCUUUGCCUUUUUUAUUAUUUUUUGUUUAAACCUUUUGCUUUGUUUUCAGCCAUUUAGAAUACAUUUAUAAAAUCAUGAUGCACUCCGGGGAAAAUGUCUUAGGGGUGAAUUUGAGAUUUGGUCACAGGCUAAUCCUAUGACCAAAAAGAAUGUGUCCUGAGAUGAAUAUUGGUUUUUCUGUAUUAAGCAACUUAUCAGUGGUUUAAAAAUGAUAUUACUACUACAGUAUAAAUACAGCAAAUAUCUUUAGACACUGAAUUUAAGCUGAGGCAGACAACCUUUCUUCUCUGCAUGUAGAAACUGGCCAAUCUGUGUAUAUAUGUUGACAAAAUGGGCAACCAUGUUAAAACUACCAUUUUGCCAAAGAAAGAGGCCCACCUUCUGUUUGGCUUUAACGUACAGUUGUGUUCGAAAUAAUAGCAGUGCCUCAACAGCAGCAAGAAAAUCAAAUGGUUUUUAACAUUUCAAAACUCUAUACCCCCGAUAAGUUUCUGGGGGGUAAAAUAAAGGUAUAAAAACCAACAAAACCCCAAAAGGACAGCCAUGCAUACUGUGGA